AUGUUGCUCUAUAUUAAAUUAUUCCUUAUAUUUAGUUUUUUCUAUAUAAUUUCGACUGAGGAAGAUGAGGAAAUUAUCGAUGAAUACGUUUUGAACUUCGACUCUGCUUUAUACGUGUGUGGUGAUGAACAAAGUGAGGCUUACUUCGACAGCUCGCAGGUUGUAGUAAGUCGAUAUAAUGAGACUACAACCGCCAUGUCCGGUUACGCUAAAUUGUUGAAAGGGAUGGAACAAAAUACUCUUGUGGAAGCAUACGUGGAAAAAGAUGUAGCAGGUCGAUAUGAAAUGAUGAUGUCUCAUGAAAUUUGCAAUAUUUGCGAUGAAUUGGGCAAAGAAGACGGCAAUUACUAUUCUUACAUUAAAGACAUCGGAUUACCGGACUCUUGUCCUCUUCCACCCGCAGACUAUACCAUUUCCGACUUAGUUAUCGAUAAAAAAUACCUUCCUAUGAACAAAGCGAACGAAGGUCGAUAUCAGAUGACUCUCAAUUUCUACGACAGCCCCAGUGGGGAUUGCACUGGGCCAAAAACUUUUAUUGCAUGUCUUAAAGUCGAUAUGGUUAUUGAACCUAAAUAA